AUGGCAGCAUCGCCAAUGGCAUCAAACAUACGACUCCUGCUGAGGUUGCCGGCCAGCCUGAGGCAUUCGAUACUAUCAGGCCGCUCUGCACGGUUCGCAUCUAACGGCCAAUGCUCCUUCAUCAAGACUUCCUCAUCCAGGAUAUUCGCAUCCACCAAGAAUUCCCCCCCGCCACGGAAUGGCCCCAAGUCAGCGAAGAAGUCUUCCGGUCAAUAUCCGGCGCCUUCAUCACAACCUUUACCAGCCCGUUCGAGCCCAAAAGGUCCCUCCACGCCGCCGCAGCCUACACCGGUCCACUCAAGAGGCUCGGCCGUUCUAUCAAGAAUCAACACGAUCGCCCCCAAUCUCGAAAGGGUUCUUCUCUACACCGCCCCACGACAUGGCAGCUUCUUUGCGAUGUCAUACAUCGCUGGUUCCAUCUUCGUGGUAGGGGGAUACCUCGCAACAGUGACAUUCAUAAAGGACGAGCCCGGCAAGCCAAAGUUGAAAUGGUGGGCGAAAGCCACAGCAGCAUUGCCUGCUUUCUUCUUUGCCAUAAUUGGAACGACUUUCAUCUUAGCUCCAAUGAAGAUGAUCAAAUCCAUUGCCAUUGUCACACAGAACGGUGGACGGAUCCUCCGCUUCGAGGUGAAGAGGAAAUUACCGUUCAUGAAGCCAGACAUCAUGGAGACGCCGGUGUCGAAGGUGGUGCUGGAUCGUGGCAUUUCUAGUGCCUCGACGAAUGUCAAGAUACACAACGUUCCACUUUCAGAAGCGAAAGCCUUUACUGAGAGCUAUUUGUCGAAAUCUCAGGAUGCUUCACACAACGGCGGCGUGCUGAGUCGGCUCUCAUCGUUCAACAAGUCGCUCGUAAAUGCAUGGCCUGCAUUUAAGCGAGACAUCGGGCGUAUGUGGCUGCGUGAAUCGAUGGCUUACGUUCGCAUUGAAGGCAAUGGCAACUUCAAGGUCGACCUUCAGGGAUGCUCCCUUCUCGACGAAGGCAAACCCUUGCAGAAACUUAUCAACAUCGACCCCGACCAAAAGCAAAGCGUGUGGAGCUGGCUCCAGCGCAUGUCAGGCGCUUGA